GGAGGGAGAUAGACAGGGAGAGAUAGACAGGGAGAAAUGGCGCCUCGAUGCUGCGCUCACUGAGGCAGUGUUUGGAGCCGGCUUGAAAGAUUCAGUGAGGAAAGUCCAGAGUAGAAAACAUGGUUAACACAAGGAAGAGCUCGCGGACGCGGAGCGAUCCAUUUAUCUCGAGGACGAGGUCGUCGUCGAGAAAGGAGCGAAACUCUGAGGAACAUAAGGAACCCAGCAGUGAUGCAAGCAGUCCCAGCAGCCCACGGUUGGCACCCCCUUCCAAACGGACGCGGCGGCAGACGGUCUCUGAGCCAAGCUCCAGUGACACUUCCCCAUCACCACAGGCAAAGACCCAGAAGGUCAGCUGGGGCCUUCCCACAUACCGCACCAGGCUUUCCUCUCGCAUAAUGCAAAAUGGGCAUGCCCAUAUGGGUCACCGGAAUGAGGAAAGCGGAGGGGCAGAUCACUCUCGUAUGAACGGCCAUGUGGAGCUGAAAAGGAGCUGCCGGGUGAAGAAGAGCCAAUUUGAACACCUCAAUCAGAGCCUGCUGUUUGACCAACUGGUCAACAGCACCGCAGAGGCUGUUCUCCAGGAGAUGGACAACAUCACCAGCAUCAGGCAGAACCGUGAGGUGGAGCGACUUCGCAUGUGGACCAGAGAAACUGAGGAGGAGAACAUGGACAUGUAUUCCAGGGUGAAACGCAGGAAAUCCAUGCGCAGGAGCACUUUCAACAUGCCUGCACAUCAUAAAGCCAUGAGCAAAGCGGAGGAUGAAGAAGAAGAGGAGGAAGGGACAGAAGAGUCUCACGGUGAGGAAGAGGAGGAGGAUGCAGAGGAUGAUGACGAAGAUGAUGAAGGUGAUGAAGCGGAAGAGGCAGGGGAGGAAAAUGACAGACGCUACAACCUGAGGCAGCGUAAGACGGUGCAGAGAUAUGAGGCACCACCAAUUGAGCCUGUGAACAGAAAACAGAGCAACCCCUCACUUUUUGACACCCAUAGAUCCCCAGCAAGAAGAAGCCAUAUAAGAGUGAAGAAACAUGCCAUUCACAGCAGUGACACAACCUCCUCUUCUGAUGAAGAGCGAUUUGAGCGAAGAAAAAGCAAGAGCAUGACACGGGCUAGGAACAGAUGUUUGCCCAUGAACUUGACAGCGGAGGACCUGGCUAGUGGCGUGCUGCGUGAUCGAGGGAAAGUGGGUGCAAGCUUGGCGGAUGUGGACCCCAUGAACCUUGACAAUACAGCGAGAUUUGACAGCGUGGGUGGCCUCAGUAAUCACAUUCAGUCAUUAAAGGAGAUGGUAGUGUUUCCUCUGCUCUAUCCUGAGAUCUUUGAGAGAUUCAAGAUUCAGCCUCCCAGAGGGUGUUUGUUCUAUGGGCCACCAGGGACAGGAAAGACCCUGGUUGCACGGGCGCUUGCCAACGAGUGCAGUCAGGGAGACAGGAAGGUUGCCUUCUUCAUGAGAAAAGGAGCUGACUGCCUCAGCAAGUGGGUUGGAGAAUCAGAACGGCAGCUUCGCCUGCUCUUUGACCAGGCUUACCUGAUGAGGCCAUCCAUUAUUUUUUUUGAUGAGAUUGAUGGUUUGGCUCCUGUUCGCUCCAGCAGGCAAGACCAGAUACACAGUUCUAUUGUGUCCACACUGCUGGCCUUGAUGGACGGUUUGGACAGUCGUGGGGAGAUAGUUGUCAUUGGUGCUACAAACAGACUUGACUCUAUCGACCCGGCACUCAGGAGGCCUGGACGCUUUGACCGGGAGUUUCUGUUCAGCCUGCCCAACAAGAAGGCCAGAAAGCAAAUUUUGGAGAUUCACACAAGGGACUGGAAUCCCAAGUUGGCUGAGCCAUUUCUUGAUGAACUUGCAGAAAAAUGUGUCGGCUACUGUGGUGCUGACAUCAAAGCACUUUGCACAGAGGCAGCCUUGAUGGCGCUGCGCCGCCGCUAUCCCCAGAUCUAUGGCAGCAGCGUCAAACUGAAGCUGGAUGUCACCUCCAUCGUCCUGGGACCUGGUGACUUCAGCAAGGCAAUGAGGACAAUAGUCCCUGCCUCCCAGAGGGCUCUGGCUCCCGCAGGUCGAGCCCUGUCCCCUACCCUCAGGCCCCUGUUGGCCAGCUCUUUCUCCUUGGUGCUGAAAGCUCUGCUCCGAGUCUUCCCUCAUGCUCAGUGUACUGACAGGGACAACACACAAGGCGGUGACAAUCAUCUGCUUGAAGAGGACUUGUACAGCGAUGAUGACAAUGAGGAUGGCUCUGCCUCCAUUUAUGAAGUCCAGCCUGCUGCAUCCCCAAAGAGUCAGCUCUCCUCUUCUGUAAUGCACAGACCCUUCCUCCAUUUUUCCUCUUCUGCCCUCCAGCAGCCCACAGCAUACCGGCCUCGCCUGCUGCUGGCAGGGGCCCCAGGCUCAGGACAGAGCUCCCACCUGGCCCCCGCUUUGCUGCACCACCUGGACAAGCUACCAGUGCACCGCCUGGACUUGCCCACCUUGUACUCCGUCAGCGCCAAGACGCCAGAGGAGUCCUGUGCUCAGGUUUUCCGUGAGGCCCGCCGGAGCGUGCCCAGUGUGGUGUACAUGCCACAUAUCUCAGAGUGGUGGGACACAGUAAGCGACACUGUGAAGAGCACCUUCCUCACCCUGUUGCAGGAUGUUCCAUCGUUCAGCCCUGUCCUCAUCCUCUCCACCGCUGACACUCAGUACUCAAAGCUAUCAGAUGAGGUGAGAAGUAUCUUUCAGAGGACCUACGGGGAGGUAGUAACACUUUGUCCUCCAGGAGAAGAGGAGAAGAGGAACUUUUUCUCUGACCUGCUGCUGGUUCAAGCAGCCAGACCUCCACCACGCCCCAGGAAUACAGAGAGAUGUGAAGAGGUGCUACCAGAGGCAGAUCCUCCAGGCCCCAGAGUCCUGUCGGUGGAGGAACAACGGCGCCUAGCUGAACAGGAGGAAAACACAUUACGGGAGCUCAGACUCUUUCUCAGGGAUGUGACCAAGCGCCUGGCCACUGACAAACGUUUUAGCAUCUUCAGCAAGCCGGUUGACAUUGAGGAGGUGUCAGACUACCUGGAGGUGAUUAGGCAGCCCAUGGACCUUUCCACUGUUAUGACAAAGAUUGACACCCACAAAUAUUUGACAGCCAAGGAUUUCCUGGUGGACAUUGACCUCAUUUGCAGUAAUGCUUUAGAAUACAAUCCUGACAAGGAUCCUGGAGAUAAGGUGAUCAGGCACAGAGCGUGCAGUUUGAAGGACACAGCCCAUGCUAUAUUUGCUGCUGAGCUGGACCCUGAAUUUGACCGAAUGUGUGAAGAGAUAAAGGAGGCACGCAGAAAGAGGGACCUCCAGUCGCCAGCUCAGUUGACAGCAGCUCUGGGUGCGUCGCCAACUCGAAAGCACCACGGAGCAGGAGAGGAGCAGGUCAAAAGCAGCAUUCAUGGUGAGGUUGCUGACAAACCAAACACCACGAAUCAUGUAAAGCGGAAGGUUCGCCGGCGGCCUUUUUGGGGGCGUGGCAUUAUACGUAAGAGGAAGAUUUACAAGAAAGGAGAGGAAGAGGAGGAACCAGAGGCAGAAGCCCCAGGGCCUAGUGACUCAUUUUUCACACAGGAUGAAGAAUCAUCUUGUGACACUACUGGUCCUCAGCCCAAUGGCCAUCAUCCCCAUGUCCUAUCCACAGAAGAAGAGAGCUCUAGUGAGCCCCCAGUUGUGCCUCCCGCUGAUCCCCCAGAUACCGGUGAAGAAAGAGAGGAGCCAAAACCUGUGGAGGAAGAGGAGGAGCCCAUAGCCAAAGAGGCGAAGUCUGAAAAUGCAGAAAGACACAUGGAGCCACACUGCCUUGGUGGCAGCUCGCAGUCGAAUGCAGAUGGGGAUAGCCAGGCCAACCAGGCUGACUUCCAGCCUCUGAUCAAAACGUCCGAGUCUUCAGAUGCUCAGGUCCAGCCUGAACACACAGAGGGUCUUCAAGUUUCACAAGUGGACUGUGUGAAUGGAACAGAGUCAAUGGACAGCCUGGACUUACACACCCUCAAGAGAAGCAGUGAGGCUGAUACAAAGACUCCUCAGAGCACAGCUGAGGGCUGUAAUAAGCCAGAACAGGAAGAGCACAAAGACAAGAACGAGGGUAAACCAACUCAGGAGCAACAUCCCCUGGAUGAUGGGCCAGAUACAGAAACAAAGGAAGAUCACGAUAAGGAAGAUGGUUCCAAAGAGAAAACAAGCAUGUGGAGCUCACCGGAGUCGCUGAAAGGAUCUGCUGGAAGGGCAGAGGAAGAACCACAGCCUGACCCACCCCAUCCUCCAGUAGUGGUUGACCACCAGCGACUUUUGGCUCUACUGGAUAUGGUGAUAAAGAAGAGUGAAGGCUACAGCGUAGAGCAGCUGGAGAGGCUGUACUCUGUUCUCAGCCAGUGUAUCUACCAGCAUCGCAGAGAAUAUGACAAGACCCAGCUACUGGAGGAGUUGGAGGAGAGAAUCCAGCAUUUUUAUACAUUCCUGUGAGAUGGAGAGAGGAAACCAAUCAGGUAGACCCUGAACAGUCCGGGACCAUGACGACACAGACUUAGUGAGUACUCGAGCAUGAGAGAGCUUCUGGGUCCAUCAACAUUUAAAAAAAAAAAAAAAAAACAAGAUUAAAAAAAAAAAAGGCCCCCCUCCUCUUGCUUGGAAAACGAGGAUGUGGACAGAGACAUUCAACGGUGCUAUUGUCUCAGGAACCUGGCCAGAUCCAGACCCAUUCUACACAACCAAACCCCUGGAGGCGUGUGCGUGGCACACAGCGCAACACACCCCGACGUUGACGGGCAACCCUGGUGCUACUCGGGUGCUAUCCUUACCUUUAUCCAUGCUGCUCUUGGGAACAUUUCUCAACUCGGAUGACUUGCAAAGCCAACAGAUCGGGUGAUGUCAUAUCACAACCUGGCCGCUUCUCUCUACAGCAGGCAGCUCACACACACUCGCACAUGCGCCAUCACGUGGCUAUGCUUGUAUUCCUACAAACACACUCACUCAGAGCCUCACCAGCAGAAGUGUGAAUGCAGAGUGCCACUUGGAGAGGACAGACAGUGUUCUGAAUCAUUGAACUACACUGUCGAGCCCUGUUGCCCUCGAGUGGAACUCUUCACCACAUCGGCCAGUUAUCACCGCGCUAUUAUGUGGCUAAUUCUGCCAUUUUAGCUACUUGACUAGUUUAAUAUCUGAGCCACAGAUAAGGAUACUCACCCAGAACAAACGCUUACAAAGAAGUUUUAAUAGGGCACAAACUCGAUAAGGUUAGCACAGCAGGACUAGAAGCAGUUAUGUCCUCUUCAUUAUAGCGGCCAUCAGGUGUGGGAAAAGCCCCCCCAGUGUGUUAAGACCAUUGCGGAUCAUCCCAAGAACCUUGUCAUUCGAAACAGUUGUUCACACACCAUUUAUAGUGUUCAGCCUCAGCAGAUUGUCAGUUGCCGAAUAGUUUGCAGUAGCUGCACCCCCCUCAUCCCUCCCCAAUACAUUCACAGUAUGAAUGUUUUUCCUGCUUGUCAAGCUGUGCCCAACAGUUGAUUUUACCCACCAACACCCCCGGCUGAGGAAAUGGAAGCAGUACAAAUCUGAAGGCGACUGUAGUUUGCACUGCCUAGUGUGUGCCUUAUUUAAAACCUCAUGAAACUGCUAUUUUAGUAGGAUAUUUGAUUUUACUAUGACAAUAAUCAGGCUCCAAGUUGGGGUGGUUCCAAAUCAGAGUUUAGUCAUCUUUAAGCAAAAAGAUUUAAAAUAGAAAAUAAUCUGAAUGUCUUAAAGCCAUUAUACCCAUUAAAUCUUAUCUAGUUUAUACAAGUUUUAACUUAAAAAUGAACCCUGCAUAUCAGUCAUGGAGUACUCGCCUUGUGUGGUUGUGUCAGUGUCUGGCCAGAUACGUUUGCGGCACUUGAAAUAUUAGAAUAUUUAAACGUCUUCAUGUCCUGUCAAACCCCAGUCCAGCUGGGAGAGGUCAGCUGGAGCUUGACACCAGUUUUUUCAUAUGCAAAAAUCUUAACGAUGUGACUCGAAGGAUUUGUCGUGCCAAGCCUUCUCCCACUCCCCUCUUAAAAAUAAUAAAGGUGCUGACAUGGCGGUGCCUGUCACCGGCUUCCUGUUUCAACUCUGAACAUGUUAGAUGGUCCUAACACCCGACAUAAUAUGUUUAAUCUUUUUUUGUUUGUUUUUUUAUAUCAAAUGCUUGAAUUGAGAUUGUUUUUGCAUGAGUGUUGACUCCACGUUGAACAAGGCCAUUCUAGGCAGUGCUCUUCACUAAAAGUGUAUUAAAUGAUUUCAUUAUUUUUUUUCUGUUCCUCUUAUCAAAUGUGUUCCGACUUUAUAGAUUUUAUUUCUUGCUUGCUUUUCAACACCAGACAAAAGAAGCUGGAUUCUCAUCUGUGGCCAACACAGAAAGUUUUUUUUUUAAAGGUAUUUACUGAAGCUUUAUAAGGUUUAAUUGUAUUCUCACACUUUCGAGGAUGUUUUGAGCAGGUGCAAACUAGAGAAGGUCCAUUCUUUCUCUCAGAGCGCUCACGUCCGAUUGUCAAACCUCUCGGGUGAACUCGGCUCACCUCUGCCUUUUUCUCCAAUCCUGGUGACUAAAACAAAAGACCGUAUGCAAACUGGCCAUGACAGGUUAGCACUUGGACUACUGCAGAGAGGAAAAAACCAAUGCUACCUCAGCUUAGUUUAUUUUAAUGCGAAAACUGUUUACUGGGUACAAAAAAAAAAACAACAGUAUUUUCUCCUCCCCUCAAAAUACUGUUGCGACAUCUACAUGUACCAUCUUCGGUACCAGAUCAGUGCAACUACAGUUGCUGCAGUAAUCCAAGAGUUGUGUGUUAUGUUUGCAUUUGAUCCAGAUGAUGAUUGCCUAAAUUUUAAGGAUAUGAAAUGGACUAUUUUAUGCUUUAGUUUCAGGUUCUUUUUAUUUCUACUGUAUCCAGACAUAUUGAGGAGACUCCCCCGAUCCUCCUCCUGCAUUUUCUCUCCUUUUUAGAAGCGAUUAGAGCAUUUUCUGCCUCUUUACACACUUGUCGCCUUUUUUUUCCCCAAACGUUUUUAUUUCUGCAGAUUUUCAUCUCAUCAUUCAGAUUAUUUAUUAUUGUUUAACACCCAAUUCAGUCAGUUGUUUUUGUGCGUUUGGGAAGCAUCGCGCAUCCUCUUUUUUUUUUUUUACAAAAAAACAAAAAACAAAAAAAAACUUUCUGAAUUGUGCAGCGUUUGUGUAGCAGGUUUUCUUUCUUUUUUUUUGGCGUGUACGGGGGAAAUAAAAGGGUUUACAGGUCACUCAGGUUCAACAUGCCCUUUGAGCUUUUUUUUUUUUUUAUUUAUUUCGUCGUUCUGAUGUUUUCUUCGUUGAGUGGUUACAGACUGACAUACUGGAAGCGACUAACACGAGGAUAUUAAAUCAAAACUUAGUUUCUAUCCGGUGCAUCCCAGUGAGAGAAACAGGACCAGACCAACUUUUUUUUUCCCACUUUGUUCACUUUGUCUCCAGUUAUUUGCCAAAAGAGUUAUUUUAUAGGAUUUAUAAACACAUUUGGACAUAAAAUAGUUAAAUGUCAUACAUUGUGAUCUUCCUUAAUAUAAAUUUUAGCCAGUUUGGACUAACAACCAAUUUUUGUCUGGUAGGUGAGACUACUUAGUCCAGUAUGCGGAGGGAAAAGAUUCGCUCUAUCCUGACUUUAAAUUACUUCCCUGUCAUUUUGUUUUCCAGUUGUUAGUCAAACUCUUUGGUAGCUUUGUCCUUUCUGUUCAUUUGUGUAUUUAACACACCUGUUCGCAAUGUUACUUUAGUGUAAUUUAUAUUUGAAAUGAAACAUUUACUGUAUUUCUCAAUAAACUGCUGUGAUAUACUUGAAUAAAGGUGCAAACUAAA